AUGUCCGCCGACGCCCUCCCCAUCUCCGAAAGAGCCUUUGCAGAAGCUCUCAAAGACCUUCCCAUGUCCACCCUGUACCUGAAAGCCGCCGAGACACAAAAUAGCAUCGCACAUCUCGACUAUUCUAAUGAACAACUUAAGCCUUUCGCCGAAGGGAGGGAGCCCGAAUGUGUGGAUGGGAAAGUGGAUGAGGAUUGUGUCGACGCGAUCCGCGAAAACGAAAUUGUAAUAGAUCGCAUGAAAACCCGCAUCUCGCUCCUCCGCACAGAAAUCGAAACCAGAGGCGGAGUAUGGGGCGAAUACGACGCCGAUGUCGAACCCAAACCAGAAACAGAAGUAUCAUCCCCUGCCGCCGCAACAAACGGAGCAGCUCCCGCAAGUGAAGAAAGUAGGAGUAAUCCUUGGGCCGAUGGAACAUUUAGUACAGGAAGGAUUGUAGGGGGCGAGGUUGUAAUGGAUUCUAUACCCGCAGCUGCAUCCGCAUCUACAACAACCAAUGGAGAAUCGAGAGCGAGUGGGGUUUCGAGCACAACGGCGAAUGGACAAUCAAGCACAAACGGAACUACAACUUCAAGCACAGGAGGAACAUUAGAUGACGAAACUCUACGUCGAGCAAUGGAAUUACGGAUACAAGAAGAUGCUGGUGCGGAUGAAGAAGAGGGUAUGCAUUUAUAA